CACAGCUACUGUAACCGUUGUUCUAGACCGCGCUUGCGCUUCGUCUAGAACAACGAAAUGCGGAGGUUUGCAAUCUGAAUCUGCUGAAUGAAACCAAAAUCUAGAGGUGUACGUAGCUCUAAAUAGUGAAAAGAAAGGUGCGUAAAGAUAUAUAGCGACGCGUGCAUCAUAACAGCGUGCGCAAAAAGGCGUUCGCAUGCCGAGGGGACGCGAUCGAGGCGAAUCGCUUCCCAGGCCGCUUCCACAAUCGGAAAAUGUCGCGAGCGCCAGGUUAAGGAACAAAAACCUGAGUGGCAAGGAUAAGGAAGAGACAGUUGGCUAUUUGAGUAGUUCUGAUAAGGACGAACAAAAUUUCAGGGAGAAGAGGAUCCCUCUCACCAGAGGUACCGGAAGCACGAAUUCCGGCCACCACAAGAAACCAGACGAUAAAAGCUCUACUUCAUCAAAAAAGGUGUCUAAGGAUGAUUCUUCUCGAGGUAAAGGACUUCCUCAAACCGCCUUAUCUGGACGACAUAGGCCCCCUCUUUGGAGACGUUUUGCUAGCCGUAAGCAGGCACCUAUGCGUAAGAAAGAUCCUUCUAGUUCUUCUGAUGAAAGAAGUCUAUCCGACCAGAAAAGUUCAUCCCGCAAGAAGACUACUUCGGUAAGGGAUAUGGCUUUCUCAGAAAGAGAUUCAAUUGAUUUAAGCUUUUCUAGAGAACAAGAAUCAUCGACAUCUUCAAAGAUAUUUUCUGGCAAAGGAGUGGAUGGCCGCGAAACGCUUGAUCCUAGAGCUGCCACUGAAGGUGCGCCACAAGACGACGGGACUAGUGAGAAUGGCAUUCCACCACUACCGGCUCCAACAAACCAAAUGUCUGCUGCAACUCCUGCUCAGACGGGGUCGUCGAGUCAACUAGGAUCGAGAAGCCCUUCAGUGAGAAAAGAAAAUGACGAAAUUAGAAAGACCCGCAAAGUGACCAAGAUGAAAUAUAAGGGUAAAGAUUUGGAGACAAGUAGUACUUUCACUACUGAUGCAGCUGAAAACAAUGCAUUGGUAUCUCGAAACUACAAGUCGCUUAUCAGUACCUCUCGAGCCCCUCAACAGCAUCAAAUAAUGGCCACACCAAAGCACGAUGACUGCGAAGCUGGUCUUUUACAAAGGAUUCUGCAUGCUCUUUCUGGACCGGCACCGAUCUUGAGUAGUCCGUUCCCCCGAUCAAUAUCGCAGGCACUGUCACCCCGACCCCUCCCAGAACUACUUUACCGAAGACAUGAAACAGUCGAGGAUGACAAUGCGAGACAGCCGGGAAGUUCCUUCCUAGGAGCUAGAAAAAUUCUCCGAAAAUCUUGUCGCUAUAAAAGGACCUCAAGACCAGUGUCACGGGAUAAGUCGAAAAGGAUCAGAUUUCGGACAAAGGCGGAUCUGGUGCGCGUAAUUUCUCGUUCGCCUUCUCCCAAAGCGCAAUCUGAACCUCCACGAGAAAAUCGGCGAAAAUUACUGAGAAUGAUGAGAGAAAGUCAGGCUGUUUACGAGGCAUCCCAAUCAGCCUCUACUGAGGAACGUCGUAAGGAAGUGCAAAGGAAGGCUAAUGAAUAUACGAAGCAUCGGGUGGCUUCACCAUUACUGGAUAGAGCGGAUGAAACUGUUGAUCUUCACAGGCCAGAUUCAGGAGCGCUUCAGAUGGUUAAAGAGAAAAAGAAACAUACGCACGCUCCACGAAAACACGAUUAAAUCUAGAGUUCUUACGAUAUGGCAGAACGGGACGCUGGGAUAACUUGUGGAAGCUUCUAAUCUAUGCAGACGCUAUUGAUGCCCAACUAUCUCGAUUGGUUGCGUUUUAGUCAACGCUGGAACGUGAAAAUAAACAUACACUUGAUUGCGUAAGACGCAGAAACAGAAUUUCCAGAAACAUUACCCUUGAAGCCUAUCAUUAGGGAUUUCGUCGGUAAAUCGCCUGAGCAGAUUGGUUGAGGACCAUGACAUCGCCAACAGGGGUCGCAGUCGUUUUUAUAAAAGGAUGGACUUGCAAUUUUUUCUAAUGGCAACCGCAACACUAACGUUGAACCUGAAGUUGGUCGUCGCUUCGUAAUUGGAUAUCUGAAACGUUCAAACAAGGACGCCUUGCGAACCGAAAGCCUUGGCUAUAUUUUUGCCAAUAAAUGAUCCUAAUUGUAAGUGAGCUGUGGCGUGGUCUGUGUAAGCCGAGCAAUAGACGAACAAAUUCUGUAGGUUGUAAGUAAGUGUGCAACCUAGUCUGGCGGAUAGUUACUGCGACGGUUUGUUAACCGGUGUUGCAAAAAUAAAUGAGAGCUUAAAUAGGA